CAAACGUUAUGCUUGAAAACAGGGUACCGUACCAGUGCAUACCAAUCCGCUGCAGUGGUAUUCAUUCUCGCUUCAAAUUUUGCUGCACCGCCUGAUAAUCCUUCAAAUUAAACUUUAAAAAUCUCACAUAAUACACGAGUAAACAUGGAAGCGGAUCAAGUUCGGGAAGGCCUUAUUCAGGGCGCUAAGCUGGCCGAACAGGCUGAAAGAUAUGAGGACAUGGCUACAGCAAUGAAAAGUGUCUUCAAGAUGGACUCCAAACCGUCACCGAGUUCCGAAGAAAGAAAUCUUCUAUCUGUCGCGUUCAAGAAUGUCGUCGGCGCUCUGCGUUCAGCUUGGCGAAUCAUGAGUGUGGCUGAGAAGAAAUGUGAAGCAGGUGUCGGAAGCAUAGACAAGAAAGUUGUUUCAAAGUAUCGGAAAGAGAUUGAGAAAGAAUUGAAGGACACGUGCAACGAGGUUCUGGAGCUGCUGAAUGACACCCUCAUUCAAGAAACUGAAGAAGAGUACACCAGCGACAGCGCUGCAGAGACGGCAGUCUUUUAUCUAAAAAUGAAAGGGGAUUAUAUCCGCUAUAUAACCGAAGUGAUCGAGGACGACGAGCGUGCUACCCAAAAAGUCCAAGCAGAGGCUGCCUAUGAGAAAGCCAUGAAAGUCUCUGCGGCCAACCUCAAGGCAACAAAUCCAAUCAGACUGGGUCUGGCACUCAACUUCUCCGUCUUCUACUAUGAGAUCCUCAACAAUCCAGGCAAGGCAUGUGAGCUGGCCAAGAAGGCCUUUGACGAUGCUAUAGCACAGCUGGACAGUUUGCCUGAGGACUCCUACAAGGACUCCACUCUCAUCAUGCAGCUUCUUCGAGAUAAUCUUACACUCUGGAAUGCAGAGGACAAAGGAGAUGAUUGUAUACAAGAUCUUGAAGACCAGUAAGAAGUUGGACCCAAAUGGAGCUAUCUGUGACGUGUGGCUUGCUUUUUCUUCAAUUGAAUGAUCAUCUUGGAGUAAACCUAAAACACAACUGACAAUCAGUUUAGCGCACCUCGUCAUUCUACAGACUUGAUGACAGCACCACGCUACACUACAACACAGGCAAAAAUGUCCAUUUCUUUGCUUACUGUAUGGUCAUCAGAAGACCCCGCUCAAAGCCCUCCUAUUUACACUGGCACCACAGACGGCCACAAACUGACUUGCCCCACAUUAAAACCACUGGCCUGGGGCAUUUUUUCUAGUAUAAAGUUUGAGCAGUGGUACCUUUUACUAGCCCUCAGAAAUUAAUGCGGACAUUUAAUUGCGAAUGUUCUUUUCUUCUUUGAGAUUGCUAAGUAGUAGUUGCCUAGAAGUGAAUGGUUUUCCUUUUCCCGUCAUAAAAAUGUGUCACUAGCUACUGUCAAAGUCAUCAUUUGCUACUCAUUAUUUAUAGCAUUCACGUAGCAUUUUGUAUCUGUUAAUAUCCCAGAGAAUUUUGUAUGAACAUUUAAUUGCAAAUGUUCUUUUCUUCUUUGCAGAUUGCUUUGUAGUGUUUGCCUAGAGGUGAAAAUUGUUUUCUUUUCCCAACACAAAAACGUGUCACUAGCUACUAUCAAAAUCAUCGUUUGCUUCUAAUUAUUUAUAGCAUUCACCGGCCACAGGCCUGUGGUCCAGUGUAAAAUUUAUAUCUGUUACUGUCCCAGAGAAUUUUGUAUGAACAUUCAAUUGCGACUGUUCAUUUCUUCUUGGAGAUUGCUAAAGAAGUGGUUACAUAGUAGUAGUGAAUGAUUUUUCUUUUCUGGACACAAAAAAGUGUCACUAGCUACUGAUAAAAUCAUAAAGCCUACAUCCGUAUGGACUGUAAAAGGGGUAACCCUGUUUCAGCCCUGGGAGUAAGUGGCAAUGGCCUUCUGGAAAAAAAAAUAAUAAUAAAAGGCAUUGUGUGUCUGGUGACUUGCAUACAAAAUAAAAAUAAAACAAAUUUUAUAGCAUUUAGUGCGCAAAACUUGUUCGGUUUGAAUAUUUUGCUAUGCAAAGAUUCUGCACACACACAAAAAAACCUGCUUGAAGUUGCCUGUUUGUGAGACGAUCCGUGGUGUCACCUUAACUUGAGUACUUGUGAUUCCAAUUCAAUUUCACUGUUAAAUUUCUGUGGGUUUACAUUGGUAAUAAUAAAGCACUUUUUUUUAAUAGUUAGUAUUUUAUAUUGCACGUAAAAAGUUAACAACUUUGUAAUUCCUUCUCUUCAAAGCUCCUUAAUUAUUAUUGGUCUGAAUCAUAGCAUGCUAGGUGUCAGCAGACUAAUCAAGGCCUAAUUUCAUAAAGCUGCUUUAGCAGAAUUGUUUGCCUAACCAGUUUCUGGCAAGCAAAACUGAGCAGGGAGCCAGUCAAAAGACAGUGUAUGUGAAAUGGUGUUUUGGCUGGUAACCCUAUUCUUGAAAGCGAGACUGUUUUGUUCUUAGGUAUCUUUUGGGCCUAUAAGCUCUAUGAAAUAAACGCAUCCCAUGAAAUUUGUAAAACGUCCGCACUCACUUCACUUCUGGAUGGCAAAAUGAUAGAACAUUGCUCCUUUUUGAAUGAGACUGAUUGAUGGUGGUGUGACGCUUACGCGUAUUCCUAGUGCACUACUCUAAAGCUUUUGCCGACCAAUAGAGUCUGUACGCAUGUGUAAAUGUAAUUUAACACAAUUCUUGGGAUGGACUGAUUGGGCUGACAUAAAUUCAUUGUACUUAAAAAAAUGUGCGCAUGCUCAGAGCUACAAAUAACAUGGGUAUCUGCUGCCACCUGUCAUCGCGAAUCUCGCAUUUAUUCAAAACUCUGGUAUGACAAGAGACAAUGCUAUUAAAAAUGUGUAGAGAGAGAUGUACACUAGUACAUUUUAUUUAUUUAAUUUUGGGGGCUUCUUGUUUUUAAUUUUCUUUAGAAAAAAUCACACAGAAUGUUUGGUUUCUGCAUAAUAAGUAUUGAAAAAUAUGAGGUUGUUGGCCAAUGGUGUACUAAAUUUUAGAGUAAUUUUAUAGAGAUGCUUAGCUUAAGCAGAAAAUACUGCUUGAAAAUCCUUGUUUGGCAGUAGUGAGCAGGAUACCAGUCACUAUCUGUUCUUGUGACAUGGUAUAUUAGCUGGUAACCCUAUUCUGGUUAGCAUAAUUUUCUUGUUCGCUUAGCUUAUGUGCUUAAGCAGCUCAAUGGAAUUUGGUCCUGCACUUUUAACUCAACUCCCUUUUAAUAAUUUAUUUAUGAUGAUCCUUCCUCCUCACUCUUAUCAAAAUCCAACACAAAUUCAUUUUACAAACAAUGACCACCAUUUCAUGUUGGAGGUCUUAAAGUAUCAACAAAUGUACAAACUGCUCUAGCAAAAAUUUGCUCUUGUUUAGCAAAACAUGAACUGUUUUUUUUAUGAAGUAUACAAAUGUUUACUGUAAGUUUACUUUUUCUUUUGGAUAGUAAAUUUUAUUUAUCAGUAAUAUUAUUGUAGUAUUGGUCAAAUUAUAAACUGUUGUAUUAUUUUUGCCUGUACCUUAGCAAAGCUCACGGCUUUAACGUUGCAAAAGAAAAGUCUGUAUGGUAACUCAACAUCCAAACUGUUGGACUUUGACCAAGGUGGUAUGACUGUUCCCAUGAGUGAUUCACUAAGAUCUAACUCUAAAGAAUCCAACACCGAAAAGGAGCACAACACUCAAACUGUUGGACUCUGAUUGUGGUGGUAUGCCUGAUCCCAUGUAAAGCACGAUCAGUUUACUAGUGCAGUCCUCA